ACUCCAUUUCUCAUUUCAAAAAUAAAAUUCCCGUUUUCACCGAAGAAAAUCCCUCUUUUGGGAAAAAGAAAAGAAAAGAAAAGGUCGGGACAAAAUCAGAUCAGCCAACACCAUGGAAGACGUCGAUCGAUUGUUUGAGUCCUUCAAGUGCGGAUUCUCUCCUCCCCAAUCUGCAUUUAGAGAAAGAAAAAGAAGAAAAAGCAAAUUGAAGCAUGGAAGUUCAAACCACGAGGUCUCUACGCCUUCACCUUCUGGAAUUCUAUCUCCGGGAUCGGCUGGAAAAAUACACGAAAUACCUACACAUCUACAGCUCUCCAUUGAGAAAUCUGAUUCACCAUCAGUUAAAACAAACAGAAAGAAGCAGUUCUCUCCGAUCGUAUUCUAUGGGUCUCCACAUGGUGUUCCUCCAAAGAGACCAUCCAGCUUGUUGCAAUUGUUACAUCUAAUACGUGUCGAUCUCACUGAACAGAAUAAAUUUAGCUUGAGGAAGGAAAUAUGGGCUACAUUUCCAAGGCAGGAUGAAGCAAUAAAGUUUGCCAAAGGGCAUGAGCAUGUUCGCGUUUUUAGUUAUCAAGACCACUUUAACGGUCAAAGAAGGUUCCUUGUCUCAACGUACAAAUAUUUUUGGCAAAGGUACAAAAACAUGGAUUCCAAAUUUCGGCAUCAUUAUGAAGUGAUUCAAGAGGGAUUACCGUGCCACCUUUACUUCGAUUUGGAGUUCAAUAGGAGAGUGAACAUAGACAAUAAUGGAGAUGAAAUGAUUGAUCUCUUGUUGUCAAUCAUUUUCAAAGCCUUCCAUGAAAAAUACUCCAUUCAAGGAAACCUGGACUGGAUAGUUGAGCUUGAUUCCUCCACUGAGGAAAAGUUUUCUCGUCACUUAAUCAUCCGCAUACCAAAGGCUGCUUUCAAGGACAACUCACAUGCAGGUGCAUUUGUUGCUGAGAUAUGCUCUCGGAUUCUAAUUGAGAGGCAAAGUGAUGGAAGACUUGAUAAGCUGUUUGUGAAAAAAGACUCAAGCUCCACUAAAUCCUCAAGCCAACUUUUUGUGGACACUGCUGUUUAUUCUAGAAAUCGUUGCUUUCGUUUAGCUCUAUCUUCAAAGGCCGGGAAGAAUUCUGUGCUUUUACCUACAGGGCGGUUCCAAUGUAAGGACAUGCUGUGUGAGGAAGACAUGUUCAUGGCAUCCUUGAUCUGCAAUAUGGAUAUCGAUUGCGAGAAGCUUCUAGUCUGCAAAAUGGAGUUAGAUUGUGUGAAGACCCUACACUUUGGUACAGAGGUAAAUCAUAAUUUUGCAACGAAUUGUGUUGCCUCGCAAGAAUUUCCAUUGAGUACCUGCACAAGUGAUCUUACAACAACAUACUUCCUGGGAAAGUCGCCAUUUCCGGCACUGGACAAAUUUGUUGAAUCCAUUGCCUCCAUUGGCAAUGUAUCAGGAAAAAUCCGAAGCUGGUAUUGGUUUUCAGAAUAUGGACUGAUGGUCUACAGCAUGUCUAGAAAUAGAUACUGUGAACGAAUUGGUCGACAGCAUAAAAGCAAUCAUGUGAUGUACGUUGUUGACAUGAGAAGGGCUGUAUAUUAUCAGAAAUGUCAUGAUCCUGACUGCAGAGGUUACCGGUCUCCUCUGCGAUCGAUCCCAGAUGACAUCACUCCUGAUCCUUCAUUGUUCUUUGAUUCUAAUCAUGCAGUGAAUCAUGGUGGCUCAGCAUUUAAUAACCCUGACCAUCAUUUUGUUGAUAAUGAAGAGAAAAGUGUUUUGCUUCACAAUGAUGAAAACUUUAUAGACAGCUGCAUCAAAGAUUCUUGGUGGCUUGAAGCCUCUAGAGUUGCGGAGGAUAUCGAAAAUAAGAAAAAUACUGAACUCAGCAACAUGGAGACUAUUGAUGAUGAAGAUGAUGAGUGGUGGAUGGCUGUAGAAAGGACUGCAUCCCAGGCUGAAUUAAACCUCUUCAACUAAAAUGGGGUUGGAGCAAUUGAUUGAUGUGUAAUUUUAGAUACAGUUAUAAGUUGUGCAAGCAUCCCGCAUUCUUUUUGAGAAAGAGUGGGGUAUAUUAUUAAAAAAAUUAAAUUAUCUAUGAAAAAUGCUGGAUACAAGCGGCAUGCGUAAUCGCUGCGCAAACGGUAUCCAAGUG